CCACAUUUAAAGAGUUUACUCAUACCGUAGUGUAAACGUUAAGACGUGAAAAAGAAAAAAUGACUUCCCGGCGACGAGCACCGUCGGCGAAUGGCGCAACAAUUCCGGCGAAAAAAACCCUAAUUCCGACACCUCCACCACAAUCUUCGUCGGAAACUUCGCCGGAAAAUCCAAAGAUCACAAUUUCACCUUCUAAAUGGACGAAAAUCGUUUCUCUCUCCUCACUUUUGUUGCUCCCGUACGCGUAUCUUCUAUUGAUUCACUUUAAAAUCGACGGCGAACUCAAGCGAUCUAUCCUCAUUAAUGCCGCACUUAGCUUCGCCGGCUUUUUUCUAACCCUAAGAUUGAUUCCCGUCGCUUCUCGUUACGUAACUCGUCGGAAUUUGUUUGGUUUUGAUAUUAAUAAGAAAGGAACUCCUCAGGGAAACAUCAAAGUACCUGAGUCUUUGGGAAUUGUUGUCGGGAUUGUGUUUCUGGUGGUUGCAAUUUUGUUUCAACAUUUUAACUUCUCGGCUGACUCCAUUUGGCUAGUUGAGUAUAAUGCAGCUUUGGCAUCCAUUUGUUUCAUGAUCUUGCUUGGAUUUGUUGACGAUGUUCUUGAUGUUCCUUGGAGAGUGAAACUGGUCUUACCUUCAAUUGCUGCUCUUCCUCUGUUGAUGGCUUAUGCUGGCCAUACGACCAUUGUAGUUCCAAAGCCUCUCAUUCCAUAUGUUGGGCUUGAGGUGUUGGAUCUAGGAUGGAUGUAUAAAUUGUAUAUGGGCCUUUUGGCAGUAUUUUGCACCAAUUCUAUCAAUAUUCAUGCUGGUAUAAAUGGUCUUGAAGUUGGACAGACGGUUGUCAUUGCAUCGGCUAUUCUGAUACAUAAUAUUAUGCAAAUUGGAGCAUCCAAGGACAAUUCUGAGUAUCAGCAAGCUCAUGCAUUCUCUAUUUAUCUUGUUCAACCUUUAUUUGCUACUUCUUUGGCUUUACUCUCUUACAACUGGUAUCCUUCUUCAGUGUUUGUCGGGGAUACAUAUACAUACUUUGCUGGGAUGACAAUGGCUGUUGUUGGCAUUCUGGGUCACUAUAGUGAAACACUAUUGAUUUUCUUUGCCCCUCAAGUCUUGAAUUUCCUCUUGUCACUUCCCCAGCUUGCUGGAAUCAUUCCUUGUCCCCGGCAUCGUCUCCCAAGAUUUGACCCUCAAACAGGACUUCUGACAGGGACAAAGGAUGGGACACUUGUGAACUUCUCAUUAAGACUUUUUGGAAGGAUGUCUGAGCAAUCGAUCUGCAUUGUUCUUCUCUCUCUCCAGGCUAUUGCUUGCGGUUUUUGUUUCUUGCUGCGGUGGCUCCUUGCUGGCUGGUAUAAGUAAGAUCUUGAGACUAGAGAAAGAUUUGAAAUGAGUAGAUUGAUUAUCAGCAUUGUUUACUGCACAAAGAGACGGUGAACUUGUGUGUAACUCGUGCCUGGAGAAAUCUCUGACAGGAGAAUUUUGGUAAGAAUCAGUAAGAAAAGGGCUGACAGCCUGAUAAUCUUAGUCUUCGAGUUUUGUCAGCGUUCACCAUCCAUUGUAACAUAAAUUACAGGCAGGUUGAGAUUCAAAGUCUUUGAGUAGAGUUUUUUGAAGCUGAUAUUUUUGUAUCCAAGGAGAAGCCUUCAUAUAGACAUGUUGCUCAUUGCUCAGAAAUUUAAUGAGAAUUUCAUUGUCGAA